AUGAAUAAGAUUAGCAUGUGUAAUGGUCCAAAGUUUAACCACGAGAAACAACUAGCUCUUUGUGCAAAGGUAACAGAGGUGCAAAUUGUGAAAGAUCGUUUCCUUGAAGAGCCCAGUUCUUUAGCAAGGAAAGAAUUUCUUCCUCAAUCAACAGCUAUAGGAGAUAAAAUAAAAUGUCCAUGUCCUAAAUGUGGUUCUAGGAAGUGGCAGACCAGAAAAAUAGUGUUUAAUCAUUUGAUUGACAAGCCGUUCCCUAAAAACUAUGUCACUUGGUUUAUGCACGGGGAAAUGAAUGUAUUGCAUAAUUCCAGAAAUAGAGAGGUCACUCAAGAUGUACCACCCACUGAAAAUCCUGUAGAAUUAUUGAUUAAUGAAGCAUUUGGGGGCUUAAGGCAUGAGGGUGUUGAUGUAGGUCCGUCACAAGUGGUGGGAGAAGAAGAAAUGUUACAUGAUAUUCCUGCUUCAAAUAACAAAGAUUUGUUUGAGUUGCUUGGAGAUGGACGUCAAGAAUUGUAUGAAGGGUCUAAGUACUCAAAGUUGGAAUUUUUAUUAAAGCUUUAUCACAUAAAGUGUUUGUCUGGGUUAAGUGACAAGGGAAUGACUAUGAUACUAGAUCUACUCAAAGAUGCAUUUAAAUUUGCAAAGAUUCCUAAUUCUUUUUAUGAGGCCAAGAAAACCAUCAAGAAGUUGUGUCUUGAUUAUAUCAAGAUAGAUGUUUGUCCAAAUGAUUGCAUGUUGUACUGGGAAGAUGAUGUUAAUGCAGAAACAUGCAAGUAUUGUCACACUUCUAGAUGGAAGCCCGAGAAUGAGAGCAAUAAAGAUCAUGCACCUACUACAAGUCUAGCUAGUGAUGGUUUCAAUCCUUUUGGGACAAUGAGUACUAAUUAUAGCAUUUGGCCUGUGGUUUUGGUUCCAUAUAACCUUCCUCCUUGGUUGUGUAUGAAACAACCAAAUUUCAUCCUCUCAAUGAUCAUUCUAGGUCCACGUACGGCAGGGAAUAACAUAGAUGUAUACCUACAACCCCUUAUUAAGGAGUUGAAUGAGUUAUGGAGGGAAGGUGUAGACACUUUUGAUUCAUCAAAGGAUGAAAUGUUUAGAAUGCGAGCAGCUCUUAUGUGGACAAUCAGUGAUUUUCCUGGACUUGAUAUCUUAUCUGGUUGGAACACACAUACUAGUCUUGCGUGCCCCUCUUGUAAUUUUGACGCAGAACCUUGUCGACUUCGUCAUAGUAGAAAGUGGUGUUUUAUUGGCCAUCGUCGGUUUUUGGGAAGAAAUCAUAAAUUUAGACUGAUGAGGCAUCGUUUUGAUGGGAAUGUCGAAGAAAGGACCCCUCCAAAGAAGUUAUCAGGGUCAGACAUCUUGCAACAAGUGAAAGAUAUCAGUGUCACAUUUGGAAGACAAGCAGAAUUGAGUGGUAAAAGGAAACGAAAUGGGAAAGGGAGUGUUGGAGAAGGUGCAACUCAACAAUGGAGAAAAAAAAGCAUAUUCUUCGAUCUUCCAUAUUGGGAGUUUAACUCGUUGCGCCAUAAUUUAGAUGUUAUGCAUAUUGAAAAAAAUGUGUUUGACAAUAUUAUAUACUCUUUGCUAAAUGAUAAAGAAAAAUCAAAGGAUCAUGUUAAGGCUCGAAGAGAUCUACAAGAUAUGGGUAUAAGGCAUGAUCUUUGGCCGGAUGAGAAUGAUGAAUGUAGGCUUGGUGCAUUUACAAUUCCAAAGGAAAAGAAAGUGACCUUCCUCAAGACUUUAAAGAAUAUCUCUGUGCCAGAUGGUUAUUCAAGUAAUAUAUCUCGUUGUGUUUAUUUGGAUCAGAAAAGGAUCUUUGGACUAAAAAGUCAUGAUUGUCACAUCCUUAUGGAACAAUUGUUACCUAUAGCAAUUCGCAAUGUGCUUCCAAACCAGGUUGUUGCCACUUUGGUAGAGCUUUCCUCUUUUUUUAGGCAUCUUUGUUUGAAAAGCUUAACCCUCGCAGACCUUGAAAAGCUGCAAAAUCGAAUUGUGGAAACUUUGUGCCAUCUAGAGAUGUUGUUCCCUCCAUCAUUUUUUGCUGUAAUGGUUCAUCUAACUAUUCAUCUAGUGGAUGAAGUAAUACAAGGUGGCCCGGUGCAUUAUCGAUGGAUGUAUUUUGUUGAAAGAUUGUUAGGUCAUUUAAAGUCCCUUGUAGGGAACAGAUCACAACCAGAAGGUUCCAUAGCUGAAGGCUACAUAGUUGAAGAAGCUCUAACUUUUUGUUCUCGUUAUUUUGAGGGAAUUGAGUCAAGGUUAAAUCGACCUAAACAUGUAAAUGAUGAACCAAAUUGUAAUGAGGCUUCUGAAAAGUCAUCUAUGUUCCCCCAACAAGGUAAACCUGUUGGAGGCUCCACAACAGAACCAUUGACUCUUUUGGAGAAAACACAAGCUCAUCGAUAUGUGUUACUUAAUUGCGCAACAGUGAAGCCAUUUGUUGAUGAAUUUAGACAUCACAUCAGAAGAAGUAGAGGCCGAAAACUUUCACCAACAGAGGUAGAGAGGAGAGUUAGUAAAGAGUUCGCUGAUUGGUUUCCUAAGAGAAUAAUGAAUCCGGAUAUAGCAGACACUAUCUCCGAUGAUAUGAAGUUCUUAGCACAAGGUCCGGCACAAGAUGCAAGAAGAUUCAGUGCUUAUAACAUUAAUGGAUUCAAAUUUCGGACUUUGUCUAGAGAACAAGGAUUAAAAACUCAAAAUAGCGGAGUCUUUCUUGUCUCUGACACUUCUUGUGUUGCAUCUAGUGCAGAUAGGUAUGCAAGACAAGCAGACCUGCCAUAUUACGGGAGGUUGGAAGAUAUUAUUGAGCUUAAUUACUAUGGCCGAUUCAGGGUUGUUCUCUUCAAAUGUCAGUGGGCUGACACUACUCGAAACAGAGGGUUCAAAUCAGAUGUUUGGAAGUUUAAUUGUGUCAACUUCUCUAAAUUGAUUCACACUGGUGAUCGUGAGGAUGACGAUCCAUAUAUUGAAGCAUCACAAGCAAAUAUGGUUUAUUAUGUUGAUGAUGAAACUGAUAAAUGA